CCACGCUUUAGUAAAUGCAGUCUCAUCACAACGCCCAUGAGUGUGACGGUGUGAAGCACUUACAACAACGAGCAAGAAAUACUCUCAACAGUUUCGUCAGGAAUGGCUAAAUGACUCUAAAUAUAGCAAGUGGCUCAGUAAGGCUCAAGGCAUAUUGUAAGUUUUGCACAUGUAUAUUAACGAUGAAGCUGCAGGAUUACGAUGGGCCUUUACUCAAUAUACUACGAAAUUAUUUCGGUGAUUCAUCUCUCUCUCUCUCUCUCUCUCUCGUUAUUGCUUUUUUACUAUCAAAAAUUAUAUUCUUUAUUUAGCAACUUUUUUGGAGAAUUUGUUCAUGAUUUUAGUGAUUCUUAGCGACAUAUUGCGACUAAUCUAGCGACAAGUAGCAGCUGAGAGGAGUUGGUAACAAUGUUGCGGUGUCGUCGCGAACAUCGCGAUGUAAACAAACACAUGCCAUGAAAGGCUGUGUCACCACCACAUCAGGCACGGACUUAGAAGGAAAUAACAAACAAGAAGGAUAGGUACACGCCAAGAGGUGUAACUGGCUGCUGAUUUCAUCUAAAUGAAGAGAAAAGAAGGAGAUUGUAAUUGUGAGGAGAAUGUGAAGAGACUCACUUCAUCAGGAACUUUACUUCCAGAUAAGCAUCUCUGUCAGCCACAACAAGUAAGAGCUGUUGAGUUUCAGACUACAGGAGAAACAAGUGCCCUAUUAGAAGUAUCUCCAGGAGUAUCAACAGUUGAAAAUGUGACUGUUUCUACAUCAGUUCCUGUGACUGGAGCUGGAGAUUCUUGCAUACUUGAAAGAACCUUACCAUACACCUUGCCUGGUUCUCAUACUUCUGCAUGUAAUAUUAUCAUAGCUUCUCAAGCCUUUGUAAGACCUACUUCUACUUGUAUUUCAACACCAAGUACUCUUUCCUCUGCCAGCCCAGUUCCCACUGAAGCUAUUCUUUCACUAGAGGACAGUACAAUCUCGCCAUUUACUGGUAAUGAAGUAAAUAAUAGUGCCCUUCCUUCAUACAGUAAUAGCAUAAUUGACAGUAUCUCUGGUACUGUAUACUCAUCUUCUACAACCACAAACACUGAUGCCUCUUAUUCCACCUCCUUCAAUUCUAGUAGUCCUUUCUCAGUUCCAUCAGUGUCAGCACCUAAAUCAUCUGGAAUCAAGACAGAUACUCAUGAAACAAUUCAAGAAUCACUGACUGAGAGACAACAAAGGCUUUCAAAAAGAUUUGAUGCUCUGAUUCGAGCAAAGAUCAUUGAAUUAGUUACAGUCAGAGGCCUCAAGAAGACGAUUUGUCCUUCAGAGGUUGCACGAGCACUUUCUCCUAAAGCAUGGAGAGAUUUAAUGCCAUCAGUGCGUAAAAUUGGUGCACAGCUUGUGAAGGAAGGAAUCAUCCUUGUCACCAAGAGAGGAACAAUUGUUGAUUUGCCAACAGCUCGAGGACCAGUCAGAUUUGGACUUGCAAAAGGAGAUGAUGGAGUUUAAUGUGGGCAUUGGAAAACGGGUUGAGUGUGAUGGCCACCAUGGAACAAUUCAGUGGAUUGGAGAGCUGCCCUCAACUCAGGGCACAUGGUAUGGUAUUGACUGGGAUGAUGCUUCUCGUGGUAGACAUGAUGGAUCCCACAACAACAUUAAGUACUUCCAAACCAGAUACUCGACUUCAGGAUCUUUUGUUCGUCCAGCUAAAGUGAACACAGGUAUAAGCUUUGAGAAGGCAAUACGAGGAAGAUACCAGAAUGAUGCAACUGUUGAAUCUGAGGUAAUGGAACAGUUACAAAGAGAAAUUAAUGCAAGAUUUGUGGAAGUAGUGGGCAUGGAUAAAAUUGGAAGGAAACAAAGUAUAUUGGAAGAGCUUAAAACAGCAGUGCUUACUGGAUGGAUGAUCUGGGGAACUGAUGAAACAGACUUGGCAACUCUUCUUCCUAAGUUACAUUCUGUUGACGUUUCACUCUCUCUUCUCUCCUCGUGGAUUGCUGUUGCAGAUAUCGCUCGACAGCUCCCCCGUCUGCGUUUCUUAAAUGUUAGUGGUAACAUGUUAUGCAUUCCUGAUAAUCCUGAAGAACUAAGGAAGAACCUGAAUUAUGUUGUUCACCUAGUUUUGAACAACAUGUUGGUUUAUUCAUGGAUGGACCUUCUGACUUGCUGCACUAUGUUUCCUGAACUGAGGAAUUUGCAGAUGGCAUUCAAUAAGCUUGAUGUUCUGGGACCCAUUCCAUGCGGUUUGUUUGACUCUUUAGAAGAACUAGACAUAGGACAGAACCCCAUAUCAUCAUGGGAAGAAAUAUGCCAUUUGGGUUCACUUCCCAGACUUGAGAGCUUAAAUGCCAAUAAUUGUUGCUUGAAGAGGAUCAUGUUCCCUUCCACCUCCGCUACUGACAAGACACCACUCUUCCCUCAUCUCAAGCGUUUGAUGCUAGCCAAUAACCCAUUGGACACGUGGGAGUGUACUGGAGAGCUGAACAAGCUAGCAAAGAUGGAAUACCUGGUCAUCAGCUAUGAUGUCAAGACAUCACGAUAUUUUCAGGAGUUCACCUUUGCACGCAUUAGUAAUCUGAAGGUUUUGAACCGAACCGAAUUGUCUCCAAAGGAAAAGAGAGACUGUGAAUUAUUCUACCUGAAAACUUUUAGCAGUGAGUAUUACAAGAAUGGGGGAAAAGAAGACCAGAACUUGAGCAGCUUGUCUCAUGAGUUUAUGGAAAGACAUCCUACCUACUUAAGGCUUGUUAAAGCCCAUGGUGCUCCUUUGGAUGACAGUGACUUUAAAACACAAAAGAGUCAGAAACUGAAGGACCUGAAAGCAGAGUUGAAGAUAAUAGUCCUGUCUGAACCUCAAAGGGAAGAGACUGUCAAAUAUUUUUUGCUCACAACCAAAGUUGCAAAAGUGAAGAUGAUGUUGAAGCGAUACUUGAAGAUCAACCCAUCCCUCAACCUCCAACUUUCUUACCGCUCCACUAAGCAGUGUUGGUAUGGCUGGACCCCAUCCCAGAGGAGAGUAAGAGACUAGAAAGGAUCCUGCCUUGCACUUGCUACAGGUGUCUCUGACAAAGUGUGUGCUGCCAGAUGCCCCAAAAUACUGCAAGAAAAGAAGAAAAAUAAACAAAUGCCUCAUCAGGAAACUGAUAUGUAUAGAGGAGAAAAGUAAGGAAAUGGAAAAAAUAUUCAAGAAAGAAAUUUAACAAAUCCUCUUCUGUCUUGUACUCUUGGUUUUUAUAGAGAAAAGGAAGUCCUGUGUGAUGCAGUAAUGUCAGUUUCUCAUUAAGGUUAGGUUCACCUCUAUCAACGAAUUGAGUGUCAUGAUUGAAGUGUAACAGUAAAUGAGUGAAGUGGAAAUAUAAUCAAAUAGUUUUCAGAAAGCAAUAAUGGAGAGCGCAGAGAAGGUAACUAUAUGAUAAGACAAGUGUGAGGCAGAGUGAGAAAGGAAAGUGAAGAGUGGUGUGAAGAAGUUAAGGUAGUUGUAUAGGAAAAGGUAUAAUUAGAAAAGAUAGAAUGCCAUAUGAAGAGUAAAAGAAAAGCAAAAUGAGCUGUGUGCUACUAAAAGAUGACGAGGAAGUGUGUUCAUGAGAAAAAGAAAAUAUUCUGGAAAGAGGUGGAGUUGGGAAAGGACCACCUGCCAACAAGGAAUGGGUGAAAGUAGAGGAUGAUAUGAUGUUGGUUAAGCAGAAUGAGAUGGGUAGGAUGUGGGGAGCAUUCUUAAAAAAACUAAACAAUAUAGGAGAAAAGAAAGCCUGAGAUUUAGGAGAGAUACUCAAAUUAAGGUUGAGAUAGGUUAGUGUCUAUGGCUGUGGAUCGCUUACCAGCAAAAUGCCCAAAACAUUGUAUGGUGCCGCUCUGUCCAAUUACCUUUAGUAUAGUAAUUAUUAUUACGUAGAAUGUUGGCCAUGAUUGCUCUUAACACCAUUGUUUAUUUCUCCUUUCUCCACAUUACUAUUGGCAUUUCACAUCAGAUUGUUAUACAUUCUCAACAAACACACAUGCACAUAUAUGUAAACACCAUGCCACAGCCACCCAAUUUGAAUGGCCAUGCUUACAAUAUGAAAAAAAAAUAAAUAAAUAAAAAUUAAAGUAA